CACCUUCACCCCUCAUUUUUUAUCGAGAUACGCUACCCAAGCCGUUUGAAAAUCUUAAAAAAUUAAGCGCAAGCCCGUUGAACAGCAUCUUCCGCGUCACUCCCACUUUUCAGGUCCUUCUGUCUUGCGAUGAAUCACCCGCCAUGUUCAUUGUCGUGCUCCAUUUCGUCAACGCAAGCGAGACUCUAGCCACACUCCACCUCCUCUUGCUCCGCAGUCGAAGCCUCUUCUUUUCGAGCCUAAAAACAAGAAUCCGAAGCUUGGACCAUUCUUCUGAUUGCGGAAAGCACCGUAAUGGAGAAAAGCCAAGAACUUGCGCUGACCCAGAUGAGGAAAUCAGUUCAGAAGCUGGGUUCUUCGACGGAGAAAAUUGGCGAACCAACGCUCAUGCGGUUCUUGAUAGCUAGAUCGAUGGACGCCGAUAAGGCAGCGAAGAUGUUUGUGAAAUGGCAGGAGUGGAGGGCGACAUGGGUCCCGAAUGGGUUCGUUCCAGAGUCGGAAAUAGGCGAGGAAUUGGCAGCUAGGAAGAUUUUUUUGCAGGGCUUGUCGAGAAGUGGUCAACCACUGAUGGUCGCCAUGGCCAGCAAGCAUUUCCCUUCGAAAGAUCAGCUCCAAUUUAAGAAAUUUGUAAUUUAUCUACUUGACAAAUCCAUUGCAAGUUCUUUCAAAGGGCGGGAAAUAGGGAAUGAAAAGGUGAUUGUCAUUCUUGAUCUGCAAAACUUAAGUUAUAAGAAUGUCGAUGUACGUGGCUUCAUCACUGGAUUUCAGUGUUUACAGGAUUACUAUCCUGAGCGCCUUGCCAAGCUCUUCAUUCUGAAUAUGCCACGGUUCUUUGUCAGUGUUUGGAGAAUGAUUUCUCGCUUCCUUGAGAAGGCAACACUGGAAAAGAUCGUGAUUGUGAGCAACGAAGAUGAACGAGAAGACCUCGUCAAGGAAAUCGGCUGCGAAGUCUUGCCCGAAGAGCACGGUGGGAAAGCAAAGCUUGUGCCCAUCCAGGAUGUUGUUUUGCCCCCUUUGGAUAAUUGAUUUCAGUGACUGGACAAAACAGCUUCAUUUUUUGGUUAAAAAAGGGGAGGAAAAGAAAAACAAAA